CCUACCGCUUCUCCAUAUACAAUAAUGAGGCUUGCCGUCUAUGGUGGGGCAUCUUCCCUGCUCGCGCUCGGCGUAAUUCUAAAUGCUUUGCAUCAACGCUCUAACUUUUAUGCUGCAUGUGUGUACUUGUCGAAGUCAAGUGCUUGCAUCAUGAUAUUGUUAAACAUGGGCUUAUUAUUGGCCAUUUGUUUUGGCAAGACAUUGCAAGCUGUUUUUUUUGGCAGUCUUCGAGCGAUUGAAGUCGAGCAUUUGUAUGAACGAUCGUGGUAUGCCGUGACGGAAACGUGCUUAGCAAUGACCAUAUUUCGACAAGAAUUUAAUCUACAGUUUGUCAUUGUCUUUACUACGCUACUCUUUUUAAAGAUCUUCCACUGGCUUUGUCAAGACAGAGUUGAAUUUAUGGAGCAGUCGCCUUCGAACCGCGUUUCGUUUCACGUUCGUAUGGUCAACCUUAUGGCCCUGUUAUUCAUCGUCGAUUGUGUGCUUGCACAACAUGCUAUUAACAUUACCUUGACCAAGGGACCCAAUAUGAUGGUCAUGUUUGGUUUUGAGUAUACGAUCUUGAUAUGCACCAUAUUAUCAACGAUUGGAAAAUACGUAUUGAAUGUCAUUGAUAUGCGUAGCGAGGAACCAUGGGAGGGCAAGUCGAUGUAUGUAUUUUAUCUGGAUCUACUUACAGAUUUUCUAAAAUUGAUCACAUACUUGAUUUUCUUCUUCUUCAUCUGCUACUAUUAUCAAUUGCCGCUGCAUAUCAUUCGCGAUGUUUACGUGACAUUCCGAUCGUUUAUUCAAAAGUGCAGAGACCUAUACCGAUAUCGUCGAGCUACACGCAACAUGAACGAGCUAUACCCAGAUGCUACAGCUGAAGACUUUGCACGCAUGAAUGACAGCACCUGUAUUAUCUGCAGAGAGGAAAUGCAGGUGACACCAGCUAGCGACAGCAACAAUAACAGCGGCAACAGCAAUGACGCCAAUGCGGAAGAAAAUACUCCUCCUCCUCAACUUAACCAACAGCAACAGCAACAACAAAAUCUGGAUCAACCUAAAAAGCUGCCAUGUGGUCAUGUUUUCCAUUUUCAUUGUCUUCGAAGCUGGUUGGAGCGUCAACAAAGCUGCCCUACUUGGUAA